UUCCACAACACAUACCAAACCGCACAGUAUCAUGCUUUCUGCUUCGUCCUCCACCACAUUCCUCGCCGCUCCAAUUCUCUCCGCCGCAGCCUCUCCUAAAACGCCGACACGUGUACGAUUUCAGCCGAUUCGCGCCUUCGCCACCGGCUCCGCUUACGCUUUGCCUGAGGCCGAGACGGCGUCGUAUCUCCGCCCUCAAACAAUGACCUCGCUGUACGAAAUCCUCGGCAUCCCAGCCGUCGCCACGUGUCAGGAGAUCAAAUCAGCGUAUCGGAGACUGGCUCGGGUUUGCCACCCCGACGUGGCGGCGAUCGAGCGCAAGGACACGUCGGCCGACGAGUUCAUGAAGAUUCACGCUGCCUACUCCACGCUGUCGGAUCCCGACAAACGCGCCGAUUACGACCGGCAAUUUAUGCGGCGGAGCCGGCCGUUGUCGUCGGCGUCGGGAUAUUCGGGGUACUACACUCGCCGGAACUGGGAGACCGAUCAGUGCUGGUAGUGAGUUGACUGUCCUGCUGACGGAACGAUUCCGAAAUUAAAGCAACUAAUCCGCGAGAUCGUCUGUAAUUUUGUAAUUAUACGGAGGGUGGCAUAGCGCAAUCAGAGGCGUUGAUUAUUUUGAUCUUGAUGAUCUGGCCGUCUGUCUGUCGGGCAAGAAAACAAGAAAAAAGAAGUCGCGCCAAAAUUGUGGGAUGUGAAAAGAGUUGAAAAUGUUGUUUUGUGUUUUGAUAAUUACUAUAAUUAUGUAGCAUAAUUAGGGAUGCAACAUUUUUAAUAUUUGUAAAGUUGUGUUCUUGUCUUGGAUUAGUAUGACAUAAGUAGAGUAUAUAUGGUGAUUUACAUGUAGAGAUUGAAGCUCAGUAUUUUGAUGGGUAAUCAAUUUUUAAUACUCUAUUGGUAUUGA